GGAAGAAUAUUUCAUUGGUUUACACAAUCAUUCACUCAACCCAAUUGAAUACUCAACCGAAUCGACUAAUUACUUCUUCUCCAAGCCGUCGUCUCGCUGCAUCAUCUCCGCCAUUUGACGAAACCCAUCACCCAUUCCAAAACCCUAAACCGGAAACCCAUCUUUCAAGCCAUUGGAGAUUCCUGCGAGAUUCGAGAUCGUCGGUUUCUUGUCAGAGGAAUCUGGCUUCAGGUCCGAUGGAGGAUCCUCCCGCGAUUUCGCCGAGAAUUCGGCUACGGGACGGGAGAUUUCUGGCUUACGCAGAGAGAGGGGUUCCGAAGGAUGAAGCCAAAUACAGGAUCGUUCUUGUUCAUGGCUUUGGGAGCUCCAAAGAAAUGAACUUCAAUGCUUCACAAGAGCUGAUAAAAGAGCUGGGGAUAUAUUUUCUGCUCUACGACCGAGCUGGAUAUGGGGAAUCUGAUCCAAACCCGAAACGGUCGUUGAAAAGCGAGGUUCUUGACAUAGAAGAACUUGCAGAUCAGUUGCAGAUUGGAUCCAAGUUUUACCUGAUUGGAGUUUCCAUGGGGUCAUGCACUACUUGGGGUUGCCUAAAACACAUACCUCACAGGCUUGAGGGCGUGGCGUUAGUAGCUCCAGUGGUGAAUUACAGAUGGCCUUCGCUUCCGAAGAAGCUUAUCAAGAAGGAUUAUAGGCGAGGGAUUAUCAAAUGGUCGUUCAGGAUAUCGAAAUACGCUCCGGGACUGUUACAUUGGUGGAUCAUUCAGAAGCUUUUCCCAUCAACUAGCUCGGUCCUCGAAAGCAAUCCCGUCUAUUUCAACAGCAACGACAUCGAGAUUCUCAAGAGAACAACGGGUUUCCCAAUGCUUACAAAGGAUAAGCUGCGGGAAAGGAACGUCUUUGAUACGUUAAGAGAUGAUUUCUUGGUGGGAUUCGGGCAUUGGGACUUCGAUCCAGCGGAUCUAAGCAUUAGUUCGGACAGUUCAGUGCAUAUUUGGCACGGCAACGAAGACAAAGUAGUUCCCUUUCAACUUCACAGAUGGAUCGUAAAGAAGCAACCUAUGAUCAAAUACCACGAAAUACCCGAAGGCGGGCAUUUGAUUGUUCACUACGAUGGCACAUGUGACGCAAUUCUACGGGCAUUGUUGCUCGGGGAAGAUCAGAAGCAGCAUAGACCGGGCAUAUCGGCUGCAGCUGAAUGAAAAAAAUGAUUGAUCUUCAGAAACUAUUCAAGGAUUUGGUUUGCAUUUGUUUGAUUCUCAAAAGAAGUUUUAAGACAUUGUAUCUGCUUGUCCUUGAUGUCUGUUUAUACGGUUCGCAUUCGGAUUA